AUGUCGACUUCUCACGGCCGUCUCUGUCGAACAUGUCGAAACCUGAAUCUCAGAAUCGAUUCCUUUAUACAAACCGGUUGGCGCUAUCAAACAUCUCCUGAAUACGAACUUAACCACUUGGGCCUCCCAACAUCUUAUGCUCCAGACGAGCGCCUCGAAGACGAUAGAGACUAUACUGAUGAGAACUUGGCAAACUUGGCAAGAAACUGA